AUGACCACUUCUCCUGCCGCGCUGCUUCCGCUCGUCCUUGCCAUCAUCUGCGCGGCCGCCACGGCUCACGCAGCGGCAGGCGAGUACGCAGAUUGCCUGAACGCGUGCGGGGGAGAGCCCGGCGCGGGCAACGUGGAGAAUGCAGGCAUGCAGGCGAGGAGUCUCAAAAGCGAGAGCACAGCGAGAGGCAGGAAUGCGAGCAUGCGGGUGGGGGUGGGGGUGGGGAGCGACAGCACGGGUGGGAUGGUGGAGGCGAGGGUGCAGGUGGGGACGCAGAUCACGGUGUCAGGCGUCAGCCAUCCUGUCAGCUUCGACGCUCUCCGCUGCUUCACCCUCCCCAAGGCGGCGACCAAGGCGCUCAAUACGAGGCGGGACGUGCAGGUGUGGUGGCACGGGAUCGCGGGGGGGAGGUCCAAGGCGAGUGCGGGUGGCAGCAACGGUGGCAGCAAGGGACGUGGAGGUGGUUCGGGUGGGAACGUUGCGGGCACGGAGGGGCAGGCAGGUGCGGCGUGCAAGCAGGUGCAGUUCUUUGCCAACCCCGCCUGCAAGGGCAAGGCGCUGGAUGAGGUGCUGAAGCCGCAAUACGCCGGCCUGCGCAAAUUCUUCAAUGUGCCCAGGUGGGUGGGCCAUGGGGGCACGUUGGGGUGGGUCCCCAGUACAAAGAAGAUCUCCCAAUGGACUUCUGUUUCCUGCAAGCCUGGUGCGUUCCCAGCCUCCUUUCGUGCCUCCUCCUAG